CCGUUUUGACAGUCCGUUCCCAGCGAGGCUCCGAUCAUGUGGACCAGGAACUUGAAGGCUCGGGCCGCAACAUGGCAUGGUUUUUAAGAAGAGGAGAGAAAACAUAUGUGUCGGCAGCAUCGGUCGUGCGCGCCGGUGUGCGUGCGCAAAGAUGAUGCUUCAUGCUCAACGAGCGGUGUGUGCGUGCGUUCGUUCUAGAUAUAAGCGUUCACCGUAAACGAUCCGCCAGUGUGCCUUAAGCGGCGCGUGUGCGCAUGUGGAAGCAUUUGCAGAAGUCGGCUAAAAGUAAAAGAAUGGCUCAUCGGGUACGGACCGGAUGGAAAACGGCCAGUGAAACCAGUGCGAAGCAAGUGUAGCGUCGAGCGUAGCAAUGCCGACUGGAAAACGACCUGUACGGACGUGAAUCAGCCAUACGAGGCUAGUGUUACCGUGUGUGCACGCAUUGACGAGUGAAAGCAAAUGCAAAACAGGCAGUGUUGAAAACUACGAAAAUGAUCGGAAAAUUUAUCGCACCGGCUGCGUGGACCGAAAAGUAGAGAAGAACGCUAAGAAAAAAAGAAAGUGUCGAACAAAAAAAAAAGGGUCUGCAGAAUCCUGCCAUCGUUCAACCGCAACAAUCCACAUAUUUUGCAGCAACAUAUCAACCGAGCUUUUAGGUGGAGCAUAGAAUUAUUAGUCCUAUAGUUUUAAUCAGCAUCGCAUCGAUUCGUACGAAUAGGUUUUACAACACCGAAUGAUCAAAAGAAGUAAAAGGAUUUACCAAGGAAACGAAACGAUUGUCUCGAACGAAUACGAGAGUACAAACCCAUCAGUCAACUCCUAGCGGGCACAAGGAAUAUUACGGCCAUCGGGUUAGCCGAUGGGCUGAUCGUCGCCUGCAAACGAACGCAGCGCAGCUAUGGACACUAUCAAGGCCGCGAAAAAGGUGGCCCCGGACGGAGGCUGGGGCUGGAUGGCCACGUUUGGAGUUAGUUUGGUGAAUUUGGCCACGCGUUCGAUCGAACCGUCGUUUGGGCUGCUGUUCGGUGACCUGCUGAACGAUCUGCAGGUCGGCACAACCGGUGCCGCCAUCAUAAUCAGCACGCUCGACGUGAUGAUGAACCUGUCCGGUUUGUUCGUCGGGCCGCUGCUGAAGGAGUUCUCCUACCGCAAGGUGGCCAUCGCCGGCUCGCUACUGUGCGGGCUCGGGCUUGCCCUGACGUCGCCGGCAACGAGCAUGCCGCACAUACUGGCCACGUACAGUGUUAUCAACGGCAUCGGCGUGGGACUGGCGACGUCGGCCGCCUUCGUGGCACUCAAUCACUACUUCGCGAAGAAGCGUGGUCAGGCGGUGGGCCUCUCGAUGGCCGGCACAGCCCUUGGAAUGCUCAUCAUGCCACAGCUGGUACGAAUGCUGCUCGAGCUGUACGACUUCCGGGGCGCGGUGCUGGUACUGAGCGGUCUCGCCAUGCACGCCACGGUCGGUGCAAUGCUACUGCAGCCGAUCAAGUGGCAUCUGAAGGAGGAGGAGGUCGACAUCGAGCUCGUCGAGACGGCGCCCCCGAUGGGCAUUAUCCUCGAGCAGGAGGACGACGAUAACGAUUCGCUGCCGGAGAUCCGUUCGCUUCUGUUUCCCCGGCGCGUCGGUAGCGAGCGCAAGCAGUCGGACGGUGGAACGCUCGCCGCGUCCACGAACACCCCAAUCACGCCGUCGCCACUGGCCAUUAGCAGUGGUGGCGCUGGUGCGACGCCAGCCAGCGGUGGCAUAUCGCCGAGCAUUACCGGAGGGCUGCCGAAACGGCCCACCUUUCCCCGCAUCACCUCGUCCGUGAGCGUCCAGAAUGGGGGCAGCACGCCCGGCACGGGAAUGCGCACCCGGCCGUCCUUUCCGCGCAUCGCGUCAACGGCGAGCAUGAGCGUGGCGUUGCGCAAGCGACGCGCUUCCGUCGUGUCGCAGCUGUCGACAAUGGACUUUGCGGGUAGCGGCAGUUGCUUGCACAUCCACGUGGACACCGGCGACACCGACGCGGAGGACGUCGAUUAUCAGAUCAUCCGGCGCGUGAACACGCACGCCGGCAUGUCUGGGCUGGCGUCGGCCGCGCGCCUCCCGCCCCGCAGCCCGAAGCGCAUCGACACGGUCAAGUCGGAGCUCGGACUGGAGAUGGUGAAGCCGAAGGUGUCGUUCCUGCAGCGCUUCACCGCCCUGAUGGACGUCGGGCUGCUGCGCGACGGCAUCUACCUGAACAUCCUGUUCGGCCUGUCGAUAUUCUACGUGGCCGAGAUGAACUUCAAGAUGGUGACGCCGUUCUUUAUGGCCAGCCUCGGCUUCGACAAGACCGACACGGCGUUCGUACUGUCGGUGUCGGCGCUGACCGACAUCGCGGCGCGCAUAAUCGUCCCACCGAUCGGCGACCGGCUGAAGCUACGAAAGCGCUACAUCUUCAUGGUUUCGCUCAUCUUCGUGGCGAUCUCGCGUUCGAUUGUCGCCCACCAGCGCACGUACAGCGAGGUCAUGAUCUGGCUGUCGGUGACCGGCUUCUUCCGCGGCAUCGCACUCGCCAACUUCACGCUGUGCGUGUCCGAAUACUCUUCGCUGAAGAAGCUACCGGCCGCGUUCGGCUGGCACAUGGUCGGCAAGGCGUUGUUCGUCGUCGCCUUUGGGCCGUUGAUCGGCGCGAUCCGCGACUGGACCGACAGCUACGCGAUCUGCAUCCACUCGCAGUCGUUCUGCAUCUUCCUGUGCAUUCUGGCGUGGUCCAUCGAGCUGCUGGUGAAGCGGUGCCGCUCGCGAAAAAUCGUUGCCGCAAAUCCGGCAGUGUAGUGGCCGGUUUUUUUUAAGAGAUUUAGAAGAUGUAGUAUUAGAUAACGGCGUAGUUUAGCUCAGGUGUUGCUCGUAUCUUAAAUCACUUAAAGACUGCGAUACUAGUAUUUAGAGGGCGUAGCAAUAUUCUAACAUCCGUUGCCGUACGGCGGAACAUUCGCGUGUUCAAAAUUUACACCGAUUAGGCCAACAUCUCGGGCUAACGUUAACGGUGCACACUUUGCACCUGUUUUAUCUUUAUUAGUAUUUGUGUUUGUUUUCCCGUUUCGUGCGACACUGCACUAUUCCUUGUCGAGAAGUUUUUGUUUGUUCUCUUUUAACCCCCUUUCGAUAUGUGCAGAACAUAAAACAUAUCAUACAAUUUCCACAUGCUCGUCGCAGCGGUCCCCUACAACCGAAACGCGACAGAAAGAUACCAACCAAGCUGCCGUCAGCUUUCGAAACAGUAUUAGUCGGCAAACGUACUAAAAUCAUCACGAUGGUUUCCGAUUUCAAUUAUCAAGCAACGGAAACGCUACAGUCCACACACUGUCCGCGAGGCGAAGAUAGAUCAAAAGAUAAUGUUAUCGUUGAAAGUAGGUAUGAUUAUAUGGGAAUUGAAUCGUAAUAGCCACUGUUAGCAAAAUACACCCACGUAACACUAACACCGAAGCACACUUGACAGACAUUACAAUAUACGAACGAGGAUACCAUAUCUUUGAACAGCGACUAUUGAUAAAAUGUAAUAAUAAUGAGGCACUGAGCUUCCACGAACGAGUUUUCGUGGCUCGAAUAUAAGAUGAUAUGAAAC